GGGUCUAGCUCACUGCUGCACGGAAUACCGAACGCCACGAUCGGACCAGGAGGUCUGUGUCUGUCGGAAGCCGCUGCGUGGUCACUCAGGAUGCAAACAUCUGCCCCGGACCACCAUUAAACAGCGAAGGCGAGCUUACUGCUGCAGCACCCGAGAAGGACCUGCGUGUGUGCGCGUGUGCAAGAGAGUGUGUGCGCGCGUGAGUGCGUGAUUGUGUGUGUCACUAUGAGUCUCGUCUCAGGCUUCCCUCACCACCCGGUCAUGCACCACCACGACAGCCACCACUAUUCGCUGCAUGCCGCGGCGGCAGGUCGGUGUCACGAGGACACCGGGGCUCCUCCGUACUUUACGAGCUGGCUGAUAAGCCACGCGGAUAUGUCUCCCACCGAAUAUAGCCUCGCGCCCGGCUACAGCCCAGAGUACCAUGGCAACAGUGGCGGCGGGUCUACGGGCGGCCUGGACCCCCACCAUCACCACCAUCAUCACUACGGACCCGGCGGCUUGCUUCCGGGGACCGGCGCCAUCUCGGUGAACGGAGCCACGGUCGGUAUGCACCACCACCACCACACACAUCCUCGGCCAGUGAAGCGGAGACCCACGGCCAACCGUAAGGAGAGGCGGCGGACCCAGAGCAUCAACUCGGCCUUUGCGGAGCUAAGGGAGUGUAUCCCCAACGUCCCGGCCGACACCAAGCUGUCCAAGAUCAAGACGCUGCGGCUGGCCACCAGUUACAUCUCCUACCUGAUGGACAUCCUGGACAAGGAUGGACAGCACGGAGACACGCAGGCUUUCAAGGCCGAGCUGAAAAAGACUGAGGCUCGGGAGGAGAGGAGGAAGAGAGAGACGGUGGAGAUCCCAAAGACAUCUUCGUCGUCGUCAUCAUCAUCGUCGUCAUCCUCCUCGGUAGUGAGCGAUAAGAAGAGCAAAGGACGGACAGGGUGGCCUCAACACGUCUGGGCUCUGGAACUCAAACAGUAACGCCUCCCUCUCUCCCGCAAGUUGAUGGCGCUCUUCUCGGGACAAUGAUGACGGGCUCUGCAGACCUGCAGCCCGCAGGCAGCAGCCAUCCUCUCUCCGGACCGGGUGACUUCCCACGGGGCGGCGGACGCGGGACUGCUUGUAGAGCUCCGUUCACUUUGCUAUGGUGAGCCACGAAGGAAACGGCAGUUUACUGGUUGGAGUUCUUUUAAUAGAACAUAACUUCAGAUUUCUAACUCCCCCGCAUUAAAUCAGCAGAGGCGCUUUCUGUGGCUCAAUUCUGUAUUUUAAAAUCUUGAACCCGAUUUCCUCCAGAAACAACCCGUAAGACAAAUAUCACACAUUAAAAGUUUAAUUGAAAAAAUCUAAACCAAAGAGCUCUACGUGUUUACGACGUCUCACAGUGGAUUAUGGAAAUAUUCUGGAUGUUUUGUCAGUUAUCAACAUGUUUGAUGUCCUUGAAAACUUUGGGAUAAGUUAAAUUAAAAUACAGUAGGUGUCUGCGUGCAUUAGAGAUAGGCUAGGGUCGGAGGGGAUGGACGGGAUCAGACCGCCCUGUGGGUCAGCAGAACCCCCCCACAGUAGGGGCUGUUUGGUGGAUGGGAUUUGGCUUUGCCAAAUGAAAGAGAGGUCCAUAAAAGUUGAGUUAUGUUACCAGAUGUGUAGCCUACGUUGCCCCCCCCACACACACGUGAUGUUGACGUGCUGUCUGCUUUAUUUAACUGAAUAUAUUUAUGUGCAAUGUGGCCCUUAGAGGAACCAAACAGCCAUCCCGCUGACUGAAAACUUCUCUCUCUCUCUCUCUCUCUCUCUCUCCAUCUGUCUUCCCCCUGGCGAAUUUGGUUUGUAAAUGUAAUGAUGAAGUGUCCAUGUUGUGGUGUUAAAAUGUGGUGGGAGUCUAAAUAAUGCUUAAUGUGAGAUGUAAACAGUGUCUUGAAUUUAAUAAACCACCAACUGGUUACAUGGUGA